AUGACAAUUGUGGAAUAUAUUCAAACUUUGGGUGACAAUCCUUAUUUUGGAGCGGGAUUUGGACUUUUUGGUUUGGGUGCAGGAGCUGCUUUACUCAGAAAAGGAACACAAAUAGGAACAAUUAUUUUCAAACGUCAUUACAUGAUUACAUUGGAAGUACCAUGCAGAGAUAAAAGUUAUCAAUGGUUACUUCAGUGGAUAACUCACAAAGGUGCCAAAAAAACUCAACAUUUAUCAGUAGAAACUAGUUUUGAAUUAAAAGAUACAGGUCAUGUUAAAACCAAAUAUGAUUUUAUCCCGAGUAUUGGAACACAUUUUUUCAGAUACAAAGGUAAUUGGAUCCGAGUGGAUCGAAUGAGAGAGCAGCAGACAUUAGAUUUACACAUGGGAAUACCUUGGGAAACUGUUCAACUUACUGCUUUUGGUAAUGAUCGCAACAUAUACUUUGAUAUUCUCGAAGAAGCUCGUCAAAUGGCAUUAAAAGAGCACGAAGGGAAAACGAUUAUGUAUACUGCAAUGGGUAGUGAAUGGCGACAAUUUGGUCAUCCUCGAAAAAAACGACCAGUUAAUUCUGUAAUUUUAGAUGAUGGUGUAGCUGAUAAGAUAAUCAAUGACUGUAAAGAAUUCAUCAAUAAUCCUGGAUGGUAUAGUGAUAGAGGGAUUCCAUACAGACGUGGUUAUUUACUUUAUGGCCCUCCAGGAUGUGGAAAGUCUUCUUUUAUUACAGCAUUGGCAGCUGAAUUAGAACGUGGAAUAUGUGUAUUGAAUUUAUCAGAACGAGGACUUACUGAUGAUCGAUUGAAUCAUCUUCUUGCUGUGGCACCACAACAAACAAUUAUUCUUCUUGAAGAUAUUGAUGCAGCUUUUGGUAAUCGAGAAGAGUCUAAAGAGACAAAAUCUGCAUAUGAUGGAUUGAAUAGAGUAACGUUUAGUGGAUUACUAAAUUGCCUAGAUGGGGUUGCUUCUACAGAAGCUCGUAUUUUAUUUAUGACAACGAAUUACCUAGAAAGACUUGAUCCUGCACUUGUGAGACCAGGAAGAGUCGAUGUUAAAGAAUAUAUCGGUUGGUGUAGUGUUAGUCAAUUGGAAAAAAUGUUUUUACGAUUCUACAAUUGUACAGAUGAAACGACAACUAAACAAUUAGCAAAAGAAUUCGCAGAAAGUGUCAUGCAACAUAAGAAGAAUGUCAGUCCUGCUCAAAUACAAGGUUUUUUUAUGUUUUACAAAAAUGAUCCUGAAAAGAUAUUGAAUAAUAUUCCCAAAAUAUGGCAAAUGACAUAAAAAAAAAUAAAAACACUUGAUUUUUA